UCAAGAUUUUUUAUAAUGAGAUCUCCAUAGUGUGACUGCUCUUACAGUAGAAACCUUCAUAGCAUGACCAUUCUUACAGUACGGAGCCCCAUAGCCUGACUGCUUUUACAGAAGAGACCUCCAUAGUGUGACCACUCUUACCGCAGCGUUACAGUAGGGACCUUACAGUAGAGUUUCACAGUGUGACUUUUCUAACAGUAGAGAACCCUCCAUUUUUGGCGAUAUAAAGCCGUUCUGUCCUGUAGUUGUAGUGGUUACCGCCUGGUUAUGGUUAUAUUUACACUAUAGGGCAUAAUCCUUAGGUUGAUUUCUGUUCAUACUAUUGCUAUAGUUGCAUGUAGUGAUUGGGUCGACCCUGAGACGUCUUCUCUAUAAACACAAUAACCUUAAUUUGCGUUGUCUUUCUUUGCCCCACAGUCCGCCGUUUGCUAAAUUCCUGUGACCUCAGGAUCCAUGGUCAGAUGAUCUUGGCUUUGGCAAUGGCAAGAAUGUCCCCAGCUGCAGACUGCGAGGAUGGGAGAUGGAUCCUUUCACCCAGCCUGGAGAUGUUCUCAUUGCAGGGCUUUUCCUUGUCUACUCUGGAUAUGACUUUUCAACACCGAGCUUCCAUGACUGGCCUCAGCCUGUGUCCUGUAAGGGGUUCCACAUCCGUUAUUACAGGGAUGUUCUUGGCCUCAUAUUUGCAAUUAAUGAAAUUAACAAUUCUCCAGACCUUCUGCCUAACAUCACUCUUGGCUACAGCCUCCUCCACUCCUGCAUGUCUGAGCUGCGGGCCAUCGGAGGGUCACUGUCCAUGAUGUCUGGUGCUGGAAGUCCCAUCCCCCGUUAUGACUGUCAUAAGACAUCGGCAAUUGCCGGGAUUAUUGGAGAUAUGACCUCAUCUCUGUCACUUCCUACAGCUCAGAUCCUGGGAGUUCACUCUUACCCACAGAUCAGUCAUGGAGCCUCCACUGCAGUGUUGAGUAAUAAAGUGAACUUCCCAUCAUUCUUCCGCACAGUGGCCAGUAAUAUUUUCCAAAACCUGGCCCUCUCCCAGCUGAUUGGUCAGUUUGGUUGGACUUGGGUGGGGAUGUUGAUUGUAGAUAAUGACGUAGGAGAGCAGGGUGGACGAGUGAUAAGGGCCGAGAUAGAGAAAAGUGGAAGUUGUGUUGCUUUUUAUGAAAAGAUUCACCUCAGCUACUCUAAGAGACAAGUCCUAAGGGUGGUGGAUGUUAUAAGGGAAAGUUCUGUGAACAUCAUUAUCCUCCACAGCACUGAAGCCCACAUGAAAACUCUUCUUGAUACCAUGUACGAUGAGGGAGUGACUGGGAAGAUUUUCAUUUCCUCUGUAUCAUUUACAAUAACACCUGGACUUUUCUCCAAAAAAGCUUGGAAAGUCCUUAAUGGGACCAUUGGAUUAAUGCCUAUUACAGGUCAGAUGCCAGGAUUUGAGACUUUUCUUCAAAACUUACACCCUUCCUUAUACCGCACAUAUCCAUUUAUUAAACCAUUUUGGGAAACUGUUUUUAACUGCACUUGGACAAGUAGAGAAAUAAUACAAGACACAAGAGAUCCUGGAUCUCAACGGGCACUGUGUACACAAGCUGAAGAUCUUAAGGAGAUGAUACCUUCUUUAUUUGAGACAUAUGACCUCAGCUACACUUACCAUGCCUACCUGGCCGUAUAUGCCUAUGCUCAUGCCCUGCAUAAUUUACUCCAGUGCCCAUCAGGGAGAAACUACCAGCCAUGUGGCAGUGUCAGCAAAAUUCGACCAUGGAAGGUUCUUAAAUUUUUGAAGAAGACGCCAUUUCAUGCCCAGUCCGGAGACACUAUCACUUUUGAUGCCAAUGGAGACAUUUCUGCUUCAUAUGACAUUGUGACCAUCCAAAUCCUCAGCGGACAAUUCAAGCUUGUAACAGUGGGGUCAUUUCUUCCCAUGGAUGCAUCAGGUUACAAGAUACUCAUCAACAGCAGCCAGAUUCUUUGGAAUGAUAAGUUUUCCCAGGCCCCAGAGUCUGUGUGUAGUACCAGCUGCAUCCCUGGAUCCAGGAGAGUCCCCAGAAUAGGACAACCACUCUGCUGUUUUGACUGUGUGCCAUGCUCUGCCGGAGAGAUUUCUAAUAGCACAGAUGCCGUUGGGUGCUUGAAAUGCCCACAAGACCAGUGGUCAAAUGAAGAACGAAAUGGAUGUGUUCCAAAAAUAAUAGAAUUUUUGACAUAUCAAGAACCACUGGGACGUUUCCUGAUGUCAACAGCCUCUAUGUUUUCCUUUUUGGCUCUGUCCAUUUUACUGACUUUCAUUAGGUUCAAAGACACGCCAGUCAUCAAAGCGACCAACCGGGAGCUCAGCUACAUCUUGUUGGUGUCUCUCAUACUCUGCUUCCUCUGCUGUUUGGUCUUCAUAGGUCAACCAACUAAGAUGACCUGCCUUCUGAGACAAACAUUCUUCAGUGUGGUCUUCUCUCUCUGCAUCUCCUCAGUCCUGGCAAAGACUAUCAUGGUAAUCUUUGCAUUUAAAGCCACCAGUCUUAACAGUCCCCUGAGGAAAUGGUUGGGACCUACAAUCCCACGUUACAUUGUAGGACUUUGCUCUGGGCUACAGAUUGUAAUUUGUUCUGUAUGGCUUAGUAAGUCUCCCCCCUUACCAGCACUGAAUUCUCAGUUAGAAAAUCACAAGAUAAUAUUUGAGUGUAAUGAAGGAAAGAAGUUGUUUUUUUACACAACUUUGGGGUUCAUGGGUUUCUUAGCCAUGAUAAGUUUCUUUGUGGCCUUUUUGGCAAGGAACCUUCCAGGAACCUACAACGAGGCCAAACUCAUUACCUUCAGCAUGCUGGUCUUCUGCUGUGUCUGGAUCUCUUUCAUCCCUGCCUAUCUGAGCACCAGUGGAAAAUAUACAGUAGCUGUGCAGGUAUUUGCCAUCUUGGCCUCUAGCGCUGGACUUCUGAGCUGCAUCUUUCUCCCCAAAUGUUAUAUACUACUUUUGAGACCAGAUAUGAAUAGACGCGAGUGUGUUGGAACACGUUUGGAAAUUUGAGAUUGUAAUUACCGAUAUUGGCUUUGAGGCUGAGACGUUGAUGUAAAUAGUUGAACCCUUACGUUAAUGGUGUUAUAUUCCGAUACAGUCAAUCCAGUUGUGUCUAUGGUUGUAAAACAUCCAAUCAUUUCUGAUGUUUAUCUACUGGGACCCUCAGUCAUGAUCAAAAAAUGACCGCGAUGGAGGACAUGAAAGGAAUCCAAACAUGGUGGACACUACAACGUAGACCUCAUUUGUUGUGGUCAUAUUACUCUGUAAAAUUAUUUCAGAUGCCUGGUAAGAACUACUAAUGGCUGUCGUUACUGUGACCACGAGUGGUCACUCGACAGAACGGCGUGGAAUUGUGGAUAACACAGUAAACUAUGAAUGAUACCAUAGGCUGAAUGCAUAAUACCAAUAAACCAUGGGUUAAGGAGCGCCAAUAUAUCUGUGAUUUAUGGGAGUCCGGGGGGUCUCAGAAUAUGAUGCUUGAAGGUUCACAUCACAUCCACUCCCCUGAUGGACCCUUAUGUGUCAGCAUAUCAG